CCUCCGCGAUCUUCCCUCAAAAUCUGUAGUCUUCAGCUGUUCCUAUAUCACUACCAAUGUCAGCCACCACAGCAACCAAGUCCGAAGUCCUGAGCGUCUUCCGGGGCAUGCUGCGGGAAGUCUCCAAGCAGUACACCCGGCGCAACAACAACAAACUCUGGCAUAACGAAGUGGUCACAAAGUUCCGGGCCGGUGCCGCGGAAAGGGAUCCGAGCGUUGUGGCAACGAAUGUGGGGCAUGCGAAGAACGUGUAUGCUUUUAUGAGGAGUAAUAGGUCGCAUAGGGAAAUGGUGGAACGCUACUGGCCAAUAUCCGGCCUGACCGAGGAAGAGAAACUCACACGGACAGCCAACACCGUCGGGCUGUCGCUACCGAAGAUGUUUGGGGCUGGAGAGACUUGGGCGGAUUCAGGUGCUGCCGGUGGUGAGAAGGCGGCUGUGGAGCCGGAACUGGCCCCAGAGGUAAAGGAAGCGUUGGAUAUCGUCAAGAAUGCGCCGUCGUAGUGGUAGCAACAGGAGACUAUAUAUCGUAGUAGUGUUGCGGACGGAAUGCAGCGGCAGAACGUUGAAAUAGAUAGAUUGUUGAGGAAAUACAGAAGCGGGGUCACUAUGUAUGGUCAUGCAUACAUCCUUUUUGGAAUCACACAAUACUGGAA